GUAGGUAAGCAGCUACAUUACUAGGUAGGAACCCUUCCAGCAGGCAGGGACAUGACGCUAAACCAUAGACACAUAGAGUAGUAGCGCCCCUACUACGUAGUGCGAAGCACACCGGCCGACCCCUGCUUGGGACCUUUCUCUGGCCAAUCAGGUGUACUUCUUUGCACUGCCUCAAUUCUUGGCACCACAUGUGCAAGAUCCAAACCAUCACUCCUAUAGCGGCACAUACAACUAUGCAUACAAUCAAAUCAGUCCAUCGUUAUGAGCACAACCGCCCUUCUUUCUGGAAGACGGGGGACCUGACAAGGGGGGCAAAUGCUCCUCUCAUCCUGUCUCUCUCUUCCCAUGUCUUGUCUCUCUGCCAAUUGCUUGUCUCGAGCUCUUCCUUCUCUCGCCAGCCUUGGCUUUUUUUUUUUCCCCCUUGUUACUGGAGUCGCCUGGAAAUUGAAACGAACCUCACGUCCCAUCUCUCCAGCCAACGUGCCUUCCCACCUACCUACCUUUCUUCUUUUCUCCGCUCGCGCUGUGCUUUGCUCUGCUUCGCCUGCCGCCAUGUUGAGACAAGGACAUUGCGCCUGAGAGGAGACCAUAUCUGCGUUCAACCGGCCAGCCUAUCUCAAUAUUCCUUACUCCCCGCCGAUACCAGUCGAUACUCUACCCGCCGCCGCCGACGACGAGCAGCAACGACUUGGACCUCGUCUCAUCAUCACACGCGCCGGUGCGCUCUUCCUAAUACAACCCGCCAUACCGCUCCUUUUUAUGCUUAAUAACAACACGAGACGCCCACGUCGGUUUCGCUAAUUACACCAAGGACGCGGGAUUAUUACCCAUCACGGAAUAUAGCUAGCUGGCUCACUCAACUUUGAUCGCUCUUUUUGCCUCCCGGCUGCCUCUUCCAUUGUACCGACAGGCACAGCCUCACCUUACCU